GUCUGUCUGCUUCAGGAGCUUGUCAGUCGCUUAUCCCAAAGACGGAGGACGCGGUUGUGGAAACAGCUUUCCGAGUCUGUUUCAUCCGAUAUUUUAGCUCUGACACACACGGAGAUACAGAAAAACACAGAGAGAGAUAUCUGGAUACAUCCAUGGAACAUUCGGACAAUUUACGCGACGCAUUUAGCUUUUAAGAUGAGUAGAAGACAGCACAUCAAACUAAAAUAUAUUGAGCAUUUCAAUCAAGGCUGGGCUUCUGAAGAUUGUGAGUUAAUUGCAAAUGAAGAACGACUGGACGAAUUCUAUGAACGUCUGCUAAGUAACAAAGAAAUAUGCUGCCAGUUUCCUCAGGUUGUACAUCUGAAGACCCCUAUCCUUCCUGACUUUGAGCACGAACAGCCCUCCACUGGUGAGCAAGAACACUAUCUCAGUGCUCUACUGGGUUGCCAGAAAGUCUUAGCAGAGACUAUAUGUUUGACUUCGCCUUUUACAAAAUCAUUACAAAAGCGACUUGCUGUUUUACAACGAAUCUAUUCGGCUGUAUCAAGCAAAUAUCAUGACCAGAACAAAAGCAACAUUGAAGAGCCGUCGUUAGAUGCUGACAAAACAAAUGACAAUGGCAAGUUUGCUGGGGAUAAGACGAAAUGUGGUUCUGAGGUUCUUAUUGAAAUGGGCAUUAAGACCGGAUUGAGUUUGUUGUUCUCGUUGCUGAGACAGAAUUGGAUCCUUGCCCCUCAUAUCGACAACGUUUGCUUGUGCGAUGACGUCUUCCAAACAGCCCUUGACGUCGUCACCAAACUACCCCCGCUGUCCCUUGCUAAUGAGAUAAAGGUCACGCCACUCGGGAUGGAGACCUUGAAUCAAGUGACCAACUUCCUGCGGAGUACAAUCGGACCAGCGUCCAGUGCUAACUUGGUCGGUCAACAGCUGGCUGCUGAACUCAUGUUAGCAUUGGCCGCCCAGAGAGGAUCUCUACGCUAUCUGCUAGAGUGGGUGGAGGUCGCCCUGCAAGCUUAUGCUGCUUCCAUGAAAUCUGAUGACCAUUCCCAGAGAUCGACAAACAUCCAUUAUGAUUUCUUCAUGGAUAUAAUCCAGCAGAUGGUUCAGUCCGUUGGUGGUGCUGAUAAGUUCCUUGCUGUAAAGAAAAAACCCACAAAAGACGAGAAUGGAUUGAUUUCUUUGUAUGAUGCUGCCAUGUACCUGAUGGAACAGGUUUACCACUUAGCUGUGCAUUAUGCAAGUACGUGCAUGAGUCCCGAUGAAAACCGCAAUACAGAAGGGAACUCGUCUGUAUUUGGUGCCAACUGUGAGGUGUAUGUGUGGGGCAGUAAUAGCAGCCACCAGCUGGGGGAGGGCAGCCAGGAGAAGGUGACCACGCCGAAAUUGACAUCAGCUUUUGGAGAUUGUCAACAGAUUGAAGCUGGCCAGUUUUGCACGUUUGUUGUCCACAAUGAAGGAUCAGUAGCUGCCUGUGGUAAAGGAAGUUAUGGACGUUUGGGGCUUGGAGAUUCCAGCAACCAGGCCGUCCCAAAGAAGCUGACCUUUGACCCGAAAUGUCAAAUUAAAAAGAUCUCGUCAUCCAAAGGAUCAGAUGGUCACAGUUUAGCAAUGUCAACAGAUGGACAGGUUUUCAGUUGGGGAGAUGGCGACUAUGGUAAACUUGGACAUGGAAACACAGUGUCCCAGAAAUAUCCCAAACUGAUUCAAGGACCAUUGAGUGGCAAAGUGGUCAAGUGUGUGUCUGCUGGUCAUCGUCAUAGUGCCUUUGUGACUGAAGAUGGAGAACUGUACACCUGUGGUGACGGAGAUUAUGGACGAUUGGGACAUGGUGACAGCAACAGUAAGAACGUACCAACAUGCAUCAAAGAUGUUUCUGGAGUCGGCCAGGUAGCCUGUGGCAGUUCACACACCAUUGCUGUGUCACAAGAUGGUAAAACAGUUUGGUCGUUUGGCGGCGGAGAUAAUGGAAAGUUGGGACAUGGAGACACCAAUCGCCUCUAUAAGCCAAAAAUCAUUGAAACUUUCACCGAGUUUUACAUCCGGAAAGUCGUUUGUGGGACGCAGUCUUCGUUAGCAUUGACAUCUUCUGGACAGGUGUAUGCGUGGGGGUGCGGUUCAUGUUUAGGGUGUGGCUCCCCUGAGUACACUGCACUGCGGCCUCGCCAGAUAGAAGAGUUCCAGAGUACCUGCAUUGCUGAUAUAGCUUGUGGUGAUACGCAUUGUUUGGCUCUCACACACGAGAACGAGGUGUAUGCCUGGGGCAACAACACAAUGGGUCAGUGUGGCCAAGGACACGCUCACAGCCCCAUCUCUAAGCCAAAGAAAGUUAUCGGGUUGGAUGGAGUUAGUAUUCACCAGAUAUCAGCAGGAACAUCACACAGUAUAGCAUGGACAGCUCUACCCACCGACAGGAAUGUUAUUGCAUGGAAUCGGCCAUUCUGUGUCGACUUACAAGAAUCCACCUUUCUCUUACUGCAUACGUUUCUUGAACACUAUUGUGAUGAUGUCAACGGGUCUGCACCACCACUGCCUUUCAACACCAAACAAGAUCAUUGUCAUUUCAUUCAGUUGUGUCUGAAUAUUCUGGGGACUCAUCUGUCCCUUGCUCAAGCUAGUGGAGUCUCAAAGGGAAUACUUGGAGAUCAUUCUCGACCAUUCCGUAAUCUGCUCUUUCGACUGCUAGAUAUCGACACACCCCCAUCGGUGCAACAGGCUGUGAUAGAGACUUUAUCAAUUGGAGCACCAUUAUUGUUACCACCAUUAAAGGAGAGGAUGGAACUGCUUCAUUCCCUGCUUCCACAAGGCAGUGAUAGAUGGGACACACUAUCUAGAGGCCAGCGUAUGCAACUUGACAUCAUUCUUGCUAGUCUCCAAGACAAUUCUCACAUUGCAUCCCUUCUUGGAUUUGCUGAGCCUUUCGAUUCUACCGUUUCUGCCAGUCCAGAUUAUGACAACACAAUGGAUGUUGAACUAGCAGAAGUGUUAAUGAAAACCGUGUUAAGGACUCUCACUUUCCAUACGGUACAAGCUUUGAAUGAAAUUAAGAAGAACAGUGAUAAAGCUUUACAACUGCUGUGUGUCGAUAACAGCUCCCCUCCACGCCAUCUGCACAGCUUAUUGUCAUCCUUGCACAAACAUUUGCUAGCUUAUUGUCGCAACAAUUCAGAAAAUAACGACAUGUCCAGUGCCAGCUCAGUGCUCCAUCGUCAUUUGUCUCUCAUGUUGCCACUAUCUGGAGAAAUUAUCACCUGCUGUUCCCACAUGAUAGCAGAUAUACAAGAUAACGCAUCACUUUUGAAGAAAGUUGGAGAAAUCCUGUUUGAUUCCCCUGCCGGCGCCAUGUUGGUCCAUGUCAUCUACGCUCUGUUGUUACUUCCUCAGCAUUCAGCACUCACCCCAUUGUUGCAUGAUCUACUCAACUUCCUGCCAUGCCUUGAUAAAAUCAACCGUAACCUCUUAGCUUACCAAAUUAUUGAAGAAUACCCCCACCUCUCAGAUCUACCUGAUUCUCAGUGUCCAGCUGUAUCGCAGUGGUCAUGGUUACUUGACCUAGAAAGGUCAUGUUCACUCUUGGUUGGUCGGUCAUUACAUGCUCUAUUACUUGGUCCUCCUUUGUCCAGUUCAGAGAAAGUCAAUACGACGUGGCUUGACAGUCGUUUGUUCAGCAAUGGCCUUGAAAGACAAGCUUCUGAAUUAGAUUUGAUCAUCCAUGACAGUAUGUGUUCGAUUCUGUCGUCGAAACCCUCUGAAGCAAACAUUCCCGAGGAUCUCAACUUCGAUGCCGAUACCAUAUUCCUUCUGGAACUUGGUCUUGGCAUUCCAAAGGAACCGGUGCAACAUGUACAACAGAUGAUGUUUGAGUAUGCUGAGAAAAAAGAUUGGGAUACAUGUGAAAUGAAAGAUGUCUCCCUAGAUACAGUGUCCAGGUUCUUGCUGGCAGCGUUACUGAAACACUGUGACCUCCUCUCCUUUUCCCAAUCCACAGAAAGACCCAAUCGCAGUCUUGUGAUGGCUUAUAGACUGGUUUAUCAAUCACGCAGUCGACUUAUUGGAUAUAAAUUGUCUCCGAAUCAGGCCCCCAAAUUUUCUGGACUUUUACAUUCGGACAGAAUAACAACACAUAAACGAGGCCAUGGCUUAUCGGAAGAGGAAGACAUCAGGGAAGCUGGCAAAAGUGACGAAGGACUCGAGAAAAUAAAAGAUGAAGCUGAUAAUUCCGGCAGUGCCAAGUUGAAAGAAUCUCCUGGUGACAGUUCCUUUGAAGAUAUCUGUCGCACCUGGUUAGAAAGAUGUGUGUUUCUUAUUAUCGGAGUAAGACAACCUUUAGCAGAUGAAGAGCUUGUUUUGUCUGAUACAAUCUACGGCAGCCGGUCCCACGUAGCACAAGACCAUAAUACAGAGAGACGGCUUUAUUUGUCGCCAAGGAAGAACAAGAAAUCCGUAACACGGACGAGUAGCUCUCCGAACCUUUGUUGUUUGAAUGACAUUGAGGAGUCAAAUGGGGAAACUGAAACUGGUAGCGAGAACACUGGCAAUGGAGGUUUGCGCUACACAGCUGCGCAAUGCAAUGGUACAGCUACACCUCUCUCAGGAGAAAACACCAGUAUGGAAUCCUUACAGAAAGUGAAAGAAAUCUUGCGCCGUCUCCGGUGGCGCCAAGAGCGUGUCGGUGAUAUUACACCUGGAUACUUUGGUGAAGAGAACGAACAUCACACCUGUCGGAAACUGUGCAUCAAAGAACUGAUGUUGGACAUUUUCCACUUUGUGUGCGGCGAACAUAUUAUGUAUCAGAUGUAUUUUGCUAAAUCCCUCGAACAUCAGCAAGAGAGGGCACAAUCACGUGUUGACUCACUGCACCAAAUAGUUGAGUUGCUGUCCACAGAGAAAGAUAAAACAGCUAACAAUCGCCAGUCCAGUGUCGACAGUCAGGACAGCAACACCAGCUCACCUGAAGAUUUUACACUGACCACUCUUCUUAGUUCUGUCCAUCUCCAGUUCCUGUCUGGUUGCUUCGGAUUGAGUUCUUUACCAUUUGAAACAACAUCAGCUCUGCCUGACGGAAGUCACUAUCAGGAUGGGAUCAAGGCGGCGCGAGCCCAAAGCCAACAAGAGGUGCAGUUAGCAGUCCACCGAAUCUAUGAGCUGCUUGUCGGGGCAUUGGUCACGACAUCGAAAUCUAAAACACUGGAGGAAAGCACCAGGCAGAAGCUGCUCCUGUCCACUGUGCUGUCCAUGAGCAACAAGUAUUGUCCGGCUGACCUGUCCCUUGCCGUGUCCUGUGGUCAGCUGCUCCCCCUCCUCUACUGCCUCAGUGAGAAUGCUCACACUGUGCCCCUCACCAUGCAGAUACCACCAACUGCCUUGAAUUCCCUCCAGUUGAACAACAUGCUCCAGUUGGGCUGUCAACACCUUCUGCAAAUCGUUGCCGUUGGCACCGGGAUGUAUGCCGAGAGACUAAGUGAUGGUGUCAUCCAGAAUGUUGUGGAUUUACUGUGGAAACAACUGGAAAAACUCUUGUCUUCGGCCGUUUCUCAAGAGAAAGAUUUACAGCAAGAAUCGUGUCCCAGCCAAAUAGCUAUUGGUGACUUCUUAGUGUUCCUUAGAAGAAUUGCUGCUUCAGUUCCUGUCCAGUCACGUUUGGCUUGUAAAAAAUGGACCAGUGUGCUCCUUGAUAUCGCAGGGAAAUUUUCCGAGAAAGGUUUGCCAUUAAUCAGCAGUCUGAGAACUCGUCUUAUUGCUCUACAUUUACUGGCUGUUAUCCUCCCUGCAUGUCCUAAAGAUCUGGAUCGAGACUAUUUCGAUACUAUUGUCCAGCGAUUGUUUCAUGAUAUGGCCCAACACAUGUGGUUUGUACCAGUUGUACUCGCCAACCAACAAACCCUGGCACGCAAGAACGAACUGAUGGAGAAGAUCGAUGAAGUGGAACAGACUGAUUCCACCACUGGCUGCCCAAUCUCUGCCAAAAAACAAGAAACACUUACCAAACAAAGCACUUCUUUUGAUCCUGAUAAAACGCUAUGCUGUAGUGUUGAGAAUGGUCACACCCUUGUCCAUGGGCCCGGGGGCAAAGGAUAUGGGCUGGGCAAUAUGCAAAUUACUUCUGGUUGUUAUCAAUGGAAGUUCCUGAUUGUGAAGGAGAACAGUGGUAACGAGGGAACGUGUGUUGGUGUAUCCCGGUGGCCUGUCACUGACUACUGUCAAAGUACGACCACCGAUAUGUGGUUAUAUCGGGCUUACAGUGGCAAUGUUUAUCACAACGGAGAACAGAGUGUCACAUUGCCGGGUUAUAGCCAAGGAGAUUACAUCACAGUGCUGUUAGAUAUGGAUGCCAGGACGUUGUCUUUUGGCAAGAAUGGAGAGAAGUUGAAACUUGCCUUUGACGACAUUGAUGCUACUGAGCUGUAUCCCUGUGUUAUGUUUUACAGUUGUAACCCUGGAGAAAAAGUGAAGAUCACUGACAUGCAGGUCCAGGGAUCACCAUGUGACCUCCUACCAGGAGAUCCACUGUGUGCCCCUGCCACGACCACCAUGGUGGAGGCUGCCAUCUCCCUGCUGCGGACUCUACACAAGAACGAAAGCUGGACCGGGCCCAUCAACGACAUGAUCAUUAAACAAAUCAACAAGAUCGAUAAGUUUGAGGCUCUCUCGGAGCAAGAGGAAGAUAAAGAAGGUUCCGUCCCAGCAGCCGUCACGAAGAAUGAAAGUGAUACAAAGAUAUUAUUCCAGUCCGUAGAAACAUUAUGUUAUGAAGUGUGGCCAAGCUUAGUGCUUAUUGGUGGCCUUGACCAUGGACUGAGAGUGGGCGGCCGAUGCAAACAUAAAACUGCCUACAAGAAGGGCACCUUGUUAGGGGUGUCACGAGACCAGUCAACCACAGCUAAAGUCCAUUGGGAUGACAGUGACACAUUCAUCAGUGAUGCUGCCAUAGCCAACCUCGAACCCAUUGAACCUGCUGAGUUUGACAUCAACCACCUGGCUGGCCUCACCCCACAGCUUUUACAGGCUGUCAUGAAAUUGACUCUGAUCAGUGACGAGAAGCACUCACUACAGCUCAGUAGACACCAGGAAUAUGGUUCUUUGAAUGGAGGGCAAAAGAAACCAGGGAAAACAACUGAUGAAUUGCAAGACUCCAACCCAAUGGAGGAGUCAUCCGUGGAUCCUGUUGCUGCUGCUGUCACUACUGCUAAGAGCCCGCCCGAUGAUCCAGCACAGGUCACCGAUCAGGAACAACAAAUCACUGAAGAAAACAGUCGACAAAGACCCACAGAUCACAACGCUGACAAGAAACGGCAAUGUUUGUUGUUGCAAAGCAUUAAUUAUGCUAGUUUUGGCAUCCCACUACCACCGCCACCACCGCCGCUGUCGUCAUCGUCGCUGCGUUCAGUGCCAGCCUCAGCAUCUACAUCAUUGAUGGACAGCCGAGAGGCAAUGCACGGGUCCCAGGGUGACAUGUCUCAAACCGUUUCUAGCAGCAGGGAAGGUUCGUUGCCGAAUUCCAGCUUCUCUGACACACCGUCCUGUGGCACCGAGACCGCGUCACAAAAAUUUGGCAAAGAAGAAAGUGCUGUUUCGGCCGAUGUGAUCACGGAAGAGAGUUCUGACGAGAACGUCUUUGAGGUGAAUUCCACCGAAGACAACGCCUUACAGCACGAGUUGUUCAACUUCAGGAUGGCGUCAUUGAAAUUGGCGGCAUUGCGAAUGCUUUACAGGGUUCUAUUGACCAACAAAUACACCGAGAUGCUGCUCGUGCCGAAAUCCGACCUACGAGCCGAGAGCAGCAAAGCCCUUCCUGACGGCACUGUGGUGAGACGAGAUGAUGACAUGAAAGGUGAGCUUCGUGCCAUCAUGAAGCAGAUGGUAAAGCUGGCCACGGUACCAUCCCCGUUCCGACGUCUUGUGUCCUUGGUGGAAUUGGAACGAGCACAGAAUGUUCUCUACCAGGUUAUGAUUCAAACCCAGUCUGAUAACCAAGCCAAUCUUGCUCAGUAUGAAGAACAACUGGAUAAGCUGAGGGCAUCGAAAGGCAUCAAGGCCAGUGUGGACGUAACGUCCAGCCCCCCACUGGAACGAAGUAACAGCACAAGUACUUCUGCCUCUGUCGAUGAUAGCAAUGUCAACAGUGGCACCAACGGAGUAGGGACUCGUCGCUCCAGCAUGGACAGCAGUUCUCUCCUACAGCGCCACCAACCUGUUGUCCACCGGAUCAGAACGAUGCUAAGUGAACCAAGUCUUUCAGCAGUUCCUAUCAGCGUAUCACCAUUACAACAUCCGACUUUGUCUCCAGCAACUGUAACAGCAGUCAGCCCCACACCACAAACCCCACCAUCACCUCUCUAUGCACCACUCAUCGAGAUGGGAUUUAGCCUAAACCACAUUGUGCAGGCAAUGAGGGCAACAGGUGUCAACAUUGAGGCUUCUGCUCAUGUCGUGAACACCCUAGCCACCUGGAUGGUCGAACACCCCAUCACUGAAACACCAAGUCAGAACGAACAAUCUAGUUGUGCCGUAAGCUCGACUUCUACCUGUGUCCCUGUUGACCUAUCAUUUCCACCCACAUCUCUCCCCUCCAGGGGCACACCACUCACAGACAUGCUCAAUGCACAUAUCUACAGAAUAGCCUCUGACUGGGAAAACACCCUCCAGACAGCCGAGGCACCAAUGGCCCAUAUAGAGACAUUGUCGGAUCAAUCUUCUGAUGAACGGGAAGGAGAGAUACAUCUGGGACGCACACGGAGGCGACGUCUGUGUCGCACACGGCACAUGGAUAUACGCAAUUAUCUCACCAGGCCCUCUGGAACAAGAAGUUUGAGAGAGAGCCACCGGGAGAAUCGUCCAGAUCGUCAACACGAGAUUGGUGAAGCUCGCCCUCUUUAUGACCUGGAGUUUGAUUUAUUUGACGACUUGUUGUACGAAGAAAAUACUGAUGCCUUCUCACCACUGGAGUCUUCUGAACAGAUGUUGAUUGCAGCAAAUGAUUGUCAUGAACCAGUCAGUUGCGAUUUGUGUUUGACGAGAACAACCAACUUUAAUUCGCACAUGAAAACUCACCAUCCUGGAUGUGGAUGGACUUGUCGUAGUCAUGGCUACAGUAGUUCUGGAGUGUACACGUCUGGCUGGUACGGCGGGACUUGUGGUACCGGGUACCCGUUUUAUUUGUUAUGUCCCGAUUGCCGAGCCCACCACUUGGACAUGUCUGGCCACUCUGGUGCCGCCGGCCACUCGCCCACUACUGGUAGCGGGACACCUGCUUGGAAAUCCGCUCAGCUCCGGCAAACAGCUCCGGACUUCUUGUGUCCUGGGGGAUCUCUGCAGGAUGAUGAUGCCAGCUUGCUGAACACUGAGUCACCUUUAGAGAAAGUUCCAGUUAAUGAUAGUGAGAAACUCCUUUUGAGGUUAGGCCUGUCUGAGAGGCGUCCAGCCCCAGAUGUUGUCCACUUUUCAGAAGCUGAUCCCCUAGGAGAGAAACUUGUCAGAGGACACACCUCUGAUGACCUCAUAACAUCACUAUCUGCCACUGCCCGUGCCGUAAAGAGCGUGAAGAACCUGAAAUCCCUCGGUGAACAAGCUGUCUGUCUCCGGAAUCCACAUGAACGAAUGCUCGCUCUGCAACGAAUAACAUCGGCGAUGCAAGUACUACUUGCUAGAACCAUGGUCAUGAAAGCCCUCGCACUCCUUAGUGAUAGUGGUCCGUCCUGCAGUUUAUCUGCUGCUCUUGAAAACAUUGGGCUUUCAGACAUCAUGCUUGUUGUACGUUUGAUGCAGUUCUGUGCUGCAGGGAAGCUCGAUAUGUCUGCAUCUUCAUUGCAAGUCACUGAACCAGCAGAAUGUCUUUCUUACCUGAAUGCUGCUAUUGGAGCUUUGGCCCAGGAGAAUCCACUUUCUCUCAAACAACUCGUCAAAGUCUGUUCACAGGAAUUAAUGCAAGCUGCUACAGGUUGGAGUGCCAAUCCUGAUGUUCCGGCCCACCAAAGACAGUUGCAGAAUGCUGUGGUUCAAGAGAGAAUGACCUCACCUAAUUUUUCUGUCACCCAAGCCCUUGUCUCUUUAUUGGCCAGUCAAGGAUGGAGCAAGAAGUUGAUGGCACACAAUGUCGCUGAAGAAAUGAAAAAUCCUUCUCUACAAGAAUCUGGUCCGUUUCUUCACGAAAAGAUCACCUCGUUGACCUUGACGGACGCUUUAGCCGCCUGCGUCAUCUCUUCCUACGUACCUCACCAACACCGCCAAUGGGCCGCCAAACAGUUAGUCCGUUCCAUCUCUUCUCAGAUACGAUCCAGCUGCGAUCACAAUGAAAAUAUGGCAGAUUUGGCCCAUGACCUCUCAAAGUGUUCCGUCACAAAACUGGAAGGCCAUCAAGACAGAUUGGAUUCUUCUGUGUGGAGUGAGAAGAAGAACUUGUUAGCCACAAGUGGUUUUGACAGUACCCUUCGAGUGUGGCAUCUUCCCAACCGUUCUCAUCAGUACCUGGAGCAUACGUGUGUGUUCCAGAAAGAAGAAGGAAGUUGUGAAUCGUAUGUGCAGGAAUGUGCACCAGAGAAUAUUUGUUGGAACUGCACCGGUUCAUUGGUGGCUGCAUCGAUGAAUAACAUCAUGAACGUAUGGGAGAUGUCAGGUCAAAAAGGUUAUGUAGACGUCAAUCCGAACUUAAUCACUGCCAUGACCUGGCCACAGAGCAAAGGUGUGGCCGAUGGCAUUCACAAGAACAGUGUCGACACGCUCUUGAUCGGCCGGGUCAAUGGUUCAAUUGCUGUCGUUGACAUCCAUGGAGACAAUUCCUUCUGUCGUCUGGAAUUGGAACACUGCUACAGAAAAGUCCCUGUGAAGUGUCUGGCCUGGCCCAGCGAGGACAAAAGAUUUGCUGUUGGAUUCUGUGAUGGAACCUUGUCACUGUGUAGCAGAGUAGACUUCAAACAACCCCUUACUGUCGAUGCGUUCAAUACGGCCAUUGAAUGUAUCAAGUAUGACCCGACUGGACUGUUGAUUGGAAGUUUUGCCAUCGAUGAUUCGUGUGUGAAAAUCUGGCUUCACAAGAGAAAGUCCAUCCAAUGCGUGUACGCCCUGAAGCACAAAUGCAGUGUUUCUAUGAUUGAGUGGUGUAAGAUGGUUGGGGUUGGUGAUGAUAAAACGCUUACGUUUGCUGUUGGCUGUGAAAAUGGUUGUGUCUAUCUGUGGAACAUUGCCCAACCUUCGCCCCAUGAGGCUUUCCUGUCUCCAAAUGUUUAUGCCAUGGAGUCUCAAGAGGAAUUGUCUGAAGCGACAUCAAGUUGUCCACCGGCUGAAGACACGCUUCCUGAACACCGCUUCGACAAUAACCUGAAGCCUUUAUAUGUAUUUGUCGGGCAUAUUUCUAAAGUAACGAGUUUGUCGUUCUCUCCCAAUGCAUUGAUGCUCGCCACUGGCUGUUUAAAAGGUUGGCUCAACAUUUGGUCCCUGAAGGAUGGUACAUUACUCCAAACUUAUGUUGGAAAUGGUCUUGUCAGAAGUUGUUGUUGGUUUGAAGAAAAUUCACUGACGGCAAAUUUUGGACACAGCAAGGAUGUCUUUAUAUUCCACUACUUCCAUCCUGCUGAUGUUGCCUAUAAAAACCAUGUAUUGGCUGCUGCACGAAAAGCUCUGAAAAUGCGUGGCAUAACAGGAAUGUGCAAUACUCCGUGUCUGAAGAUGCUUUUUCUACAACUACCCACCAUCUUACAAGAACAAUACUUAUAUGAAAAGCCAGUGACCUUAAGUGGUGAACAAUUGCUCCACAGCCAAUAUCUUCAGAACUUGGCAGCAUUAACCAUUGGACUUGAACUUGACAAUGUUCUCUGUUUUAAUUCUGUGCCACCACAUCAUUGGUAUAAGAACGUCAAAGGUCGAUCGUAUGUUGCCGCUGAGUGGGAAUGGCUCCUCAACUAUUCCACGGCCAUAAAGUCUGCCACAGCCCUGCACCGUCGCUCCAAACUGCAUGACAUAUUUCCUUUGCUGGGAUAUGAACCACAACAACAGGAAGACAAUCCGGUAAGAGAAACCUAUAAAAACCUACAUCUGUGCCCACCACUAUUGAAUGUGUUUCUGUUACAGAUAAUCUGUGGCCAGAAUUCUACAUUUGUAAUCCAAGCUAAUGGCACCGUUAUGGCCAGUGGAGAAGGUAGUUAUGGACGAUUAGGACAAGGAAACUCCGAUGAUCUCCAUUCACUCACAGUCAUCUCAUCAAUGCAAGGUUUUGUGAUAACCCAACUUGUAACCUCCGUUGGAUCUGAUGGUCAUAGUAUGGCCCUUGCUGAGAGUGGUGAAGUCUUCAGUUGGGGUGAUGGCGAUUAUGGUAAACUUGGUCAUGGAAACAGCGACAGGCAGCGUCGGCCUCGACAAAUUGAAGCUCUUCAAGGAGAAGAAAUUGUUCAGUUGGCCUGCGGAUUCAAACACAGUGCUGUUGUCUCCCAUGAUGGAGUAUUGUUUACAUUUGGUAAUGGAGACUAUGGACGUCUAGGCUUGGGUUCCAAUUCCAACAGGAAAAUUCCAGAAAGGGUAACAGCUUUGGAAGGUCACAAAAUAGGCUACGUGGCCUGUGGAUUGAAUCAUUCGUUGUGUGUGUCUAAAGACGGAUCCACAGUGUGGGCGUUUGGUGAUGGAGACUACGGCAAACUUGGACUUGGCAAUUGUGCUGCUCGCUCCCUACCGACCAAAAUCGAACUCCUCCAGGGUCAGACAAUCAAAAAAGUGUGUUGCGGGGCCCAGUUCUCCAUCGCACUCACCAAAGAUGGCAAAGUAUUCUCAUGGGGUCAAGAUCGAUUCAUUGGUUUACCGGAGCCAUUGUGGAGAAACCAUACGAAACCUCAGCAGAUUCCAACCCUUGCUGACUUCUUCAUAAUAGACAUUGACGUUGGCUCUGAACACACGAUUGUCCUGAGCAACGAAGGUGAUGUGUGGGUGUGGGGCAGCAAUGCAGAAGGCCAGCUAGGGAAUGGCACCACAAACAGCGUCCGAGAACCACAGAAGAUUGCAGAACUUUCUGGCAAAAAUAUCAGACAAAUUUCUGCUGGUCGCACGCAUAGUGCUGCGUGGACAGCACCUCCUCCGGUGAAACAUACCCCUGGCAGUGCCACAGACCUCCAGCUGGGCACCCCAGAGAGCAUCCCUCCCCAGUAUGCCUUAAUCAAAGAGAACAGUAUCGAGGACAUUCGGCAACGUCUCAACUUGCUUCAUCGUUUCUCCAACUUGAUGUACACUUCAUGGCGACUCUUCAAUUUGAUACCAAAUCAUGUAAGUUACAGCCUUCAUCUUUGUCUGAAGGGGUUGGUCUGUUUGACUGACUGUCUUGGUACCACAAUCUUUGUCUCCCUAUUUGCCUUAAUCUGUAUUUUCUCUUCUCCCAGGGGUAAGAAGUGUAAACCCAUCUUCGUACAAGUGGCUCGGCAGGUUGUGAAGAUGAAACCUGAAGACCUGCGUCUCCCUGCCAGGGCUUGGAAAGUGAAGUUAAUUGGAGAAGGGGCCGACGAUGCUGGUGGAGUGUUUGAUGACACCAUCACCGAGAUGUGCCAGGAACUUGAGAAAGGUUUUGUACCAUUACUGAUUCUGACCCCGAAUGAACGGCAUGAGUCUGGAAACAACAGAGACAGAUUCCUGCUAAACCCGUUAUUAUCUUCUGAAGAACACAUGAAUAUGCUGAAGUUCCUUGGGGUAUUGUUUGGUGUUGCCAUCCGUACCAAGAAACCGUUGGACCUCCAUUUAGCUCCCUGUGUCUGGAAACUUCUGGCUGGCAUGGCACUAGACAUCAGUGAUCUGGAAGAAGUAGACAAUUUCUUUGUCCAAACCAUGGCUGGGAUUCGGAACAUUCAAGAAAGUGGUGUCAAUGAAACAAAUUUUCAUGAAUACAUCCCUUUGGACAGUUUUGAAGGCCAGAGUGCCUCAGGACAGAUGCUUCCUAUCGUAUCAGGUGGCAAGAGCAUUCCUCUAACAUUCCAUAACAGAAAGGCCUACACCGAGGCUGCGACCCUCUAUCGCUUACAUGAGAUGGAUAAACAGGUUGCUGCUGUACGUGAAGGCAUGGCUUGGAUCAUCCCUGUUCCCCUUCUCUCUCUCCUCACUGCCAGAAAUCUUGAACAAUUGGUGUGUGGCAUGGAACAGGUGUCUAUUGAUGUCUUGCGUAAAAUUGUGAGGUACCGUGGUAUUGAAGAAUCUAGUCCUGUGGUUACAUGGUUCUGGAAAGUUCUGGAAACAUUUGCCAACGAAGAACGCAUCCAGUUCCUUCGUUUUGUGUCUGGUCGGACACGUUUACCUGCCAACUCUUCAGACAUCUCACAGAGAUUCCAGAUUAUGAACUCGGACAGGAGUCCUGACAGUCUUCCCACAUCUCAGACUUGCUUCUUCCAACUCCGGCUGCCGAUGUACUCAAGCCAAGAGGUGUUAGCAGAGAAACUGCGCUACGCCAUUAACAACUGCCGUUCAAUUGACAUGGACAACUAUAUGCUAACCCGCAACACAGAUAAUGGACACGGAUCUGAUGAAGACCUGUGCUAGCUUCUAGACUGCUCCAUUGUAAUUUUUGCCAGCUAUGAGGCUUUGGCGACUACAGUCGUUAAGUCUCUAUCUCCUCUCCCUGUGUCUCAACGGUGCUUAGUGUCAUCUCUAGAUGCUAUCAUUGUACAAUCUGCAAUUUAAUAAACUAUUUAUACCAUCA